UAGAAGAAAAAGCAGAACACGAAGAAGAAAAACAACCAAUAGAAAGUUGACAGGAGUCCGUUGGUGAUACUGUCGCAGAAUGUGUGGGAAACUUUUAUUUUCCUUGUUUAUCCUUUUUAUAUUCUACCAUGACUCAAUUGACGCACAGAAGAAAAAAGAGACUCUCCUGUCAGAGAAAGUAACCCAGAUGAUGGAGUGGACCUCUAGGCGUUCAGUCAUUCGAAUGAACGGGGAUAAAUUUCGCCGCUUUGUAAAGGCUCCUCCCAGAAACUACUCAGUUGUCAUCAUGUUUACAGCAUUGCAGCCACAAAGGCAGUGCGCCGUCUGUAGACAAGCAGAUGAAGAGUUUCAAGUGUUGGCUAACUCCUGGCGUUAUUCCUCUGCCUUCACAAACAAGGUCUUCUUUGCAUCUGUCGAUUUUGAUGAAGGAUCUGAUGUCUUUCAGAUGCUUAAUAUGAACUCUGCCCCAACAUUUCUCAAUUUCCCUGCCAAAGGGAAGCCUCGUAAGUCUGAUACCUACGAGCUCCAGGUCAAAGGCUUUGCAGCUGAGCAACUGGCGAGGUGGGUGGCAGACCGGACUAAUGUGCAGAUACGAGUCAUUCGUCCUCCAAACUACGCUGGGCCUCUUCUUCUUGGCUUUCUCCUGGCUGUUAUUGGUGGACUGGCAUAUCUACGAAGAAAUAAUUUGGAAUUUCUCUUUAACAACAAAGUUUGGGCCAUCUCAGCACUGUGCUUUGUCCUGAUCAUGAUCUCUGGCCAGAUGUGGAAUCACAUCAGAGGUCCCCCAUAUGCACACAAGAACCCUAACACUGGCCAGAUCAGUUAUAUCCACGGCAGUAGUCAGGCCCAAUUUGUGGCUGAGACUCAUAUCGUCCUCCUCUUCAAUGCUGCAGUUACCAUGGGAAUAGUGCUGUUGUGUGAGGCUGCUACCUCUGAUGUAGACAUUGGGAAAAGGAAGAUUAUGUGUGUUGCAGGUAUUGCUCUGGUGGUGCUGUUCUUCAGCUGGCUGCUGUCUAUUUUCAGAGCAAAGUAUCACGGAUACCCAUAUAGCUUCCUAAUGAGUUAGGCCUGAACAGCACUCUUCCUGACCUUAAGUAGCCAAAGUGCCUCCAUUAUACAUUUUAUUUUUCAUGGGAGCAAUGUCACGGUGUUAUUACUGUCAAAGCUGAUUUCUUCUCUGAUCGGAUCUGUUGAGCCAAAGAUGUUUUGUGUGUCCACUGUCCACGCACAUACAUACACUGUACAUUAAAAACAAAAACUGAC